UCUCAUUGGUUUAAUCCCUCAAACAAAUUAGAAUUCCCCAUUCUUAUCUUACAUCUUUCUCUUGCCUCAUCAUGAGUAAACUUGGGGUAAGCACAUGUUCACAUGAAGAUGGGUAUGAGCUAAGAAAAGGUCCAUGGUCUCUUGAAGAAGAUAAUCUACUCAUUGAAUACAUAAAUUUACAUGGAGAAGGCCACUGGAAUACCUUAGCUGAGCGUGCAGGGCUUAAGAGAACAGGGAAAAGCUGCAGGUUGAGAUGGUUGAAUUAUUUGAAGCCUGAUAUUAAGCGUGGCAACCUUACCCCACAAGAACAGCUCUUGAUCCUUGAACUCCAUUGCCAGUGGGGAAACAGGUGGUCAAAGAUUGCACAGCAUUUACCUGGAAGAACCGAUAAUGAAAUCAAGAAUUAUUGGAGAACUAGAGUGCAAAAACAAGCCCGGCAGCUUACGGUGGAUGUGAAUAGCAAGAAAUUUCUUGAAGCAAUUCGCCAAGUUUGGGCACCAAGAUUGCUAGAAAAAAUGGAACAAAAUUCAUCAGAAACAUCGUCUCCCUCUUCCUCCAUCUCAAACUUGGAAACUCAAAAGCCCACAAUCACUACACCAUGUCCCAAAUCCAGGUCCCAGGUGAAUUAUUCUGAUCAGCUCAAGGAAAAUUUACAGCUGCCCGCAGAGAAUUCAGAAAAUUUGUACCAAGCUUGCGGCGACAUUAAUACUUUCUAUGAUAAUUCAUUUCAAAAUGAUGGUUACCAUGUGGACAUUAGCAGUUAUAACACUACAGAAAUGGAGUACCAGCAGGAGAAUUCGCUGGCAGAGAUAGACUGGUUUGAUGAAGAAAUAUCAGGCAGUACAUUUUGGAAUGCUGAUGAAUUCUGGGAUUUUAGAAAACCUUAAAAGUGGUCAGUAAUUACUAAAUUUUACAGCCCUUGUUUUUGUAAUAGGGCCAAUGUUCAUGUGCUUUUAAUAUGGGCCACAUGGUAGUCUACGAUAACUUGCAGGCACGCGUUCGGUUAAGUUUCAAAGUUCUUUUAGUUAAAUUUACAUUUGUAAUGCACAUAGAUAUACAAAUAUUUCGCCGUAAAACUAAAAAAUAAAAGAGAAACAUUUAAAAUCGAUUA